UCACGCCCCCCUCCCCAGGCGCUGCUGCUGCUGGUGCUCGUGUGCGCGGGCGGCGCGCUGGCCGAGUACAUGUACCGGCCGCCGCAGCACCUCAUGCCGCACCUGGGCGGCGGCAUGCACCACCACAAGCACCACCCCUACGCGUCGGGCAAGGCGCCCGGGGGCGGGCCGGGCAAGCACGGUCCGCCGCGCCACCCGCCGCCCCCGAAGUACCACGGCCGCCCCCACCACCGGCCGCGCAAGCCGCCGCCACCACCGCCGUCCCAGCUGGCCGCCGCCAGCCCCUGGAAGAACUCGCCCUACAAGACGACCAAGGACCCCUUCCGAACGCACGGCUCGGACGCUGACUUCGGCAACCAGGCGUCGGUGCUGUCCGCCAUCACCCCGCUCACCUCCAUCACCAGCAGCUCCCUGGGCGCCUCCCUGAGCAGCAGCCCGCUCGUGAGCGCGCACAGCUCCAGGCCGAGCGCGCACGCCGUGCACGCCAGCCCGCCGCACGCCCUGCACACGUACACCAACAUCGUCAGCGACGACCACGGCCCCAUCCACACCAUCCCCGCGCCCAACCUCGGGCCCUCCGACAAGCCCAGCCACAUGAACGAGUACUCGUCGUACGGCGGCAGUUCGCUGGAGCAGCACGCCGCCGCACAGCAGGCCGCCGUGCAGCACGCCGUGCAGCGGCAGGCCAUCCAGUCCGCGCUGCACCAGCUGCACGCCGCGCAGGCCGCGCGCCCCUCCGGCCCCACCACCGCCGCGCCCGCCGUGCUGCACUACACCCAGGGCUAUCAGGUCUCCGAGCCCCCGGCGGCCGGCGGUCAGCACGAGGGCGUCGCGAUGCUCUACGCCCCCGACCCGGACCCGAGCCGGCCGGCGCCCAGGGUCAGGCCCACCACGGACCCGCACUCGCUGCCCAGCGAGGGUCGCGGCCCGCACUUCAGCAUCGACCCCCAGUACGCCGUCUCCUCUCAGCCGAGCUACAUGUCGGUGGGCCCCACCCUGUCACACCAGGACCUGUUCCACCUGCUCAACGGGUUCCCGCUGCAGGGGUUGCAGGGGCUGCAAGGGCUGCAGGGGCUGCCGCAGGACGUCCAACCGCAGAUCCACAUCAUGCACCCCGGCCACUCCGGCGACACUCUGACCGCAGACCACCAACACCUCGUCCUGCAACAGCAGCAGCAGCACCUGCAGCACCUGCAGCAGCAGCACCUCCAGCAGCAGCUGCAGGCGCAGGUGCAGGCGCAGGCCCAGCACCUGCACCAGCACCUGCAGCCCUCCGAUUUCCACCCGCAGUACCAGAGCUUCGACUUUGACGAGCAGUCCUACCAGAAAAGUAUCCAGGACCACGAGGUCUCCGAAGACGCCCCCAGGCCCAGCGUGCAGCGGCCGGACUCUCCCGUGGCGCAGGAGCACUCGGCAUCGGCCUCCACGGUGUCGCUGUUCACGGUGCCGGCGCCGCAGCCCACGAGCAGCUCGCCGGUCCGCGGCGACAUGCGCUCCGAGGACGACGCGGACGCCGGGCACGAGAGUGACGAAGAGGACGACGACGAGGAGGAGUACGACGACGGCCCGGCGCCGAGCAGAUCCUCGUCGACGACCCUGUCGGGAGCCUCGGUGACGCCCAGCCCACAAGCCGCCAGCAGCCCAGAGGAUGACCCCGAAUCCCUCCAGCAGACUGUGAUCCGCGAGGACGCCGACACGUACUCGUCGGACCCCAGCCUGGUCACGCCCUUCAGGAGGCAACCCAACUCCGUGCACGUGCCCGAGGCCAAGCCUGGACGUUUGCCGUACGGCGCGAGAAUUAGACCGAAGAGGAUCGCCAUAGAAUAGGGGCUGGCAACCGUGGAUGGGGGUGUAAAAGUGUAGGGUGUUCCGCUAGAUCCUUUCCAACUUCUACUUUCUUUGUUUUGUUCUUCGAACUUUCGGCCCCGGAUCUGGUGGA